AUGUGGUGCUACCAGAAACCAGGGUUUGGAGCUCUCCUCCUCGCUGAGCUGCAGAGACAGCAGCAGCGCAGCCAGUUCUGUGACACUCUGCUCAAGGCAGAAGGUGUUUCAGUGCCGGCACACAGUUGCCUUCUCUCAGCGAUCAGUCCCCUUGUGUCCUCCACUCUGUCCUCCACGCCGGCGCCGCCUGCAGGAGAGAAUCGUCUCGUGGAGUUUCAGUCUCUUGACUCCUGCACGCUGCUCCGCAUGGUCAGGCUGCUGUACUCCGGAGAGAUGGCUGGGGAGGGGGAGAAGGAGAAGCAAGACGCUAUAUCCGCUGCAGCCAAUCUGGGCAUCCACGGGCUGGUGGAGGUCACGAGAAGAGAUCCUAAAAGCAGUGACGAGGAAGGAGGAGGCCGACAUGUGGAGGUGGGCGUUCAGACCGAGCCGAUGAUGUUGGAUGAUUACAAGAAGAAGCGGGUCAAGUGGAGGAGAGAGGUGAGGGAUGGGGGCACUUUGCUGUGGAAGGAGACACAGUCAUAUAGUGAGAAAGACAUGUGGACACAGACAGAGGAGCUGCAGGGAAGCACUGCUCCCUCUACUCCCUCUGCCGCCUCCAUUGAAACCAUGGACAUGGCUGCUCUCCACAAUGCAGAGCAGACAGACUCCCAAAUUCUCCCCUUUCAAAUUCCCCACAUUCCCAUAUCCCUCCUCUACCUGCCAGAAAACCAGAUAAACCAUCCUCCCUCUGCAUCUGCAACAUCCAUGCAAGACUCCACAGCAGCUGAACCCACAGCUGGUGCUGUUGCGGUGCCGCCGUUCUGCUCCGUCCCCCUGUCUCUCCAGCCUUUCUCCACCGUGUUUGCCAGAGAUGCCACAGUGGGCGAGGAGUGGCUGGACGAGCAGUUUGAGCGUUUCCAAGGCAACAUCCCAGGAUUCAUAAACAACUUCCUCCACCCAGACAAAGAGGAGGGCUCCGGCAGGGGGCGAGCGGGGCGGAGGCGUGGGGCAGGGGCGGGGAGGCCACGGAGAGCCGGGGCAGCUGAGAGACGAGCAGGGAGACCACAAGGCAGCACAAGAGGGAGAUGGAGGGGACGGUUAACCCAGACGGUGGACGUGCAGAAGGUCGGGGUGAGCAAGGUGCAGAAGCUGUUCCUGCAGAGGUGGGGGAGGAGGUCAACGAGGACGGGUCAGGGCGGAGGAGCUGCAGGCAGGAAGUUGUGCCUGAAGACAAGAGAGUUUCUGAGGUCGGCCAAGAGCUAUCGCAGAAGUAGAAGUCGCGGCAAAGUGUUUGAGUUCAGCCAGAGUGAGGAGAUGCUGCCACACAGUCAGGCAGGAAGACAAGGUUCCACAAAGCAUCGACAGAGGACCCCACUGCAAAAGGUUAAUCAGGAUGGGCUGCCUGGCAGCGGGACUCAGAGCUCGAGGGCCAAGUCAACAACAUCCUACUCUAUUACUCCUGUUCACUUCUACAACCUUGACACCUUACCCAGCCCCCACCUCCAGCCUUCUCCGUCUCCUGCAGCCUCCUACAUGCCUCCAGCUUCAUCCCUGCUCCACACCACCUGCCUCCCUGCUGCAGAGCCGCCACCCUCCCAAAUCGAUUCUCUCCUGGAGGAAGUGAUGAGCGGACUCGACAUUUUACCAAAGAGCAGCAGUUUUCCUGGUUCAUGGCAUCCUCGACCAACCAGAGGCAGCGGCUGUACCUACGUCUCCCCUGGGAAUAGUUUGGCCCAAAGCAAACAGGUCUGCACCACUGAGCUCCUGGAAGCUUUUCAUGGGUCUGCGCAAGUUGCCGCUGUGACAAGUGAAGCUAGCACUUCCUCUUCUGCACAAGGUGAGGUACCUGUUCUGCAGCUGCAGGGAGGGGGGGAGAUGAACCAUAUGCUGGAACACUUCCUUCAUUCGUUUGAGCAACACGUUGAAAACUGUCGUGCCAGGGAAGAGGAAGAGAGAAAUGGGGAAAUCUUCAAUGAGCCGAGCAAGUCUUCCCCAGUCCUGAACAGUCACAGAAAAACUAAGACCAAGACCAAACGUCCAGUCAUACGCCCUCAAACUGAAUCACAGCAGGGGGAGGAAGCCGACAGCCACACAAGUCGUUCACAGCCACGCAAGGCCUCAGCUCAGAGUCCGGCUCCCCUACGACGUGCUGAGGAAACUUCAGGGAACCAAAGAACAAGGAGAAAACGGGAAUACAAGAAAAAAAAGACGCAACAUCUCUUCGCAUUAGAGAAAAGGAGGGUGAGGAGGAGGAAGCCCGUGCCUAUGAGUGAUGCAGAGAUUAAGAUCCUUCACGGCCUCAGAGACAAACGGCUCCAGCAGAUUCCUGUGGUGAAACUGGAGAGGAGAGGACCGAUACCAGUCAGAGUAACGCUGCAGGCAUACAGCUGUCAACGUCUGGAAGUCAAGGAUAGUGGGCCCUUGCUUUACAAGCCACUGGUAGACAAAUCAACCUCAGCAGGUUCCAGUCGAGGCGGGUCCAAGGAAAACGGACACCAUGUGAGUUUACCUCAUGAUGGGAGCUCAACACCUGUGGACCGCUUUGCCACGAAUGAACAACUGGAGCAAAACCAAGAGAGACAUGCUGUAGAGUUGACUGUCGAGGCACAGGAAGAGGAAGAGGAACCUACGAGGAGGGGGGUGAAGAGGAGAGCUGAGUCAGGGGGGGAAACCCACGAUGUUGCCAAAAGGAUUUGCUUUGAGCCAGUGGCCGAUCCGACCUCUGACACAUGCAUACACAGCUCUGGAUCUGCCGAGCUACACUCUGAACAAGCAGACACAGAGGCAGAGGAAGUGAUUGAUGUGGAGAGUGUUUCGCUGACCAGUGUCGGAGGCUGUUUGGAAGGAGAAAAAAAAAGAGAAAUCGAAGAAGUAGAAGAAACGGAGGAAGGUUCAAUGUACGAGGAGGCAGAGAGCAGUGCGGAUGAGAUCAUCGAUGUGGAUGGAGACACUGACGGUGGAACCAACAUGGAGAACGAUACCGACGGCUGCAGAGAAGAGGCAGGAAUAGGCCGAACGUUACCAUUUCUGUCGCACUGUGUUUCAACUCCUUGGGCACAGGAGGGCAGCACGGGGUUAACAGAAAGCAGGGAGGAGGAGGACAUCAACGUGAUUGGGGAUUCCAGCCCCUCACUGAGCCGGUGAUCGUCAGCUGGACGGAGUCUUCAGACAAGGAGGAUGGAGACGUUGACGUCUUUGGAGAAAAGACGUACGACUGAUCCGUGGUCUUUGCUAUAAUAAAGGUGAGCUUGUAUGUUAGAGGUCCUCUCACAUUAGAAUCUGUCUCGCUCUGUUUGUUAUUUCUUACAUUUCUCAGGAAAUAUUUCUGAAUUGUUUUUAUGGAGCGGUGAGUAAAGAGUGAUCGAGAUUAAGAUGAACAUGGUUUCAUCAUAAAUGUUUUAUAUGUUACGUCUUAAGCUUCUUCUGUUGUUGUUCUGUUCAUCUGACAAUCACACAAGGGAUUUUGUUUUCAGAAAGAGAAUUGUGAGCGACUUGUUCGUGGUUUGUUCGGGUUUGAAAACCAGAUAAGUUUGUUAAAGACGUAAAGAGAAAGAGUUGCAUCAUUGUGCAUAAAACUGCUGAACUGAUCAACCAGGAACCAG